AUGAAUGACUCUCGAUGCUACUCACUAGGUUUGACUCGACAACGGGCGAGGAAUGCCACUGCUCCUGCAGCAGACAAUCAAGUGAACUGGAAUGAUACAAAUGGUCGGGAGCUCAGAGGGAACAUUGUCUGGACCUGCUCGCAGAUUGGUGUCCAUUCACUCAAGAGUCGGGCACCUUGCAUCUAUAAAACACUUGAUAAUUAUGCCGAGGUCAUGAACUUACCUAGACUUGGCAACCCACAAAACUGCACAUAUCCAGCUGCUCAACUGAACACAGCAGGAGCCGUUGCAUAUAGUUCUGACCAAGACCUCUCCAAGGAAAUGAGUGUGUUUGGCGAACCCCACAAAGACGAACACAAUGCUUCAGGUGGUUUGUCGGGUGCAUAUGGAGUAUACUACGAACUGGAUGGGAUGAAGUUUGCCAACUUCUCUGGGUUACAAAAACACGGCGGCACACCUCCAAGGGCUCCUCCCAGUCAACAAGUCAAACCUUGGGCUGCAUGCCUCAGCAUCAUCCUCUACCCACCUACUGAGUUGCUCAAUGGGACCUUCUGUCUCCAAGUGGCACCCUGGCCAGAUGGCAAACCAUUGGUACUUCCGUCCGAACUUAUAAGACCUGUACAUCAAACUGCGAGGACAAAAGAAACACUUGAAUGUAGCCAAUCUACAUUUACAGCUGAUGGCGGUAAUCUGAUGGACCCAGAAGCAUUGGCAAAUUUUGUUUGUCGUUCCACAGUACAGGUCCUCCACUACCUGAUCAGUCAAUUGCCAAUCGACUGGGAUGUUCAUUUCGACCCAAGCACCAUUUUAGAAUCAAUAAAAAUGAAAAUCGAUGGUGAUAAUGUGUCAAUGAGGGCCUGGCCUGCUGGACCUAAUGGUCGGCUGUUCAAUAUCUUUGAGCAGCCUAUACAAAGGAAUGGUUGGAACAUUGCCGUGAAAUGGCCCAGUUUGUGA